GAGCGGCAUGUGUUCCGUGGUUCCCGGUUAUUCUCCUGGCUUUAAGAAGCCGCCGGAGAUACUGCGCUUGAAGAGGAAGAGGUCUCGGAGAAGCGAAACGGUCGCGCUGUCCGGAGAGAUUUCGUCCGCGGCAACCCCCAAGGACUUGCCUGUUCCCCCUCGGCUCUGUCCGGGGAGCCGGCGGCGCAACCCCUUCACGAACGUGGGAAACACGGCUCGUCUCCUGCCGGAACCCAGUCGGGUUCAGUCUUCUACCCGGAAACUUGCAGAAGUGGAGUGGUUAGUGGCGAGGAAGGACGUACCCAGCAGAUCCGAGAAGCAGUUUUUAAAAAGUCAUGACAAAGAUGGGUCCACACGGAAGGAAGAACUUUCUGAAAUAGCAACUUUUGAAACACAGAUCCAAGACUCUAGUCUGGCCAUUUCCAAUACUGAUGUUCUUUCUUCAUCAAGUUUUGAAUUUCCUGCAGACUGGAGUAUUAAAACUCGUCUACUAGUCACUUCUUCUCAGUCAUUUGCAUGGGCAGAUCACUUAAAAGCUCAAGAAGAAUCCCAAGGAUAUAUCCAGCAUUGUAGAGCAACAUUAAUAAACUUACCCCAAAGUAUCCAGGAGCCAAAACUUUCCACAGAACUCCGAUGUGCUUUCCAGCAAAAUCUAGUAUAUUGGCUUCACCCAUUCUUCCCAUGGCUUCCACUUUUUCCUCGAAUUGGAGCUGACAGAAAAAUGGUUGGAAAAAAUCAUCCUUGUGCCUUUAAUGAAGAACUCCAACAGGUAUUCAUGAGUGAAUGGUCUCUCAGUUUUACCUCUCUUUAUAACUUGUUGAGAGCCAAGCUGUGUCCCUAUUUCUAUGUUUGCACUUAUCAAUUCACUGUACUGUUCCGUGCAGCAGGACUUGCUGGAAGUGAUGUGAUCACUGCAUUAAUUUCUCCCACAACCAAAGGGUUAAGGGAAGCCAUGAAAAACGAAGGUAUUGAAUUUGAUUUACCGUUGCGAGGAAAUAGACAAAAAAAAUUCAAUGGUGCACCUUCUCCUUUAGAAACCGAAGCUGAAAAAGAUACUGAAAUAAUGGGCAAUGAAAUUGAAGAAGAAUUGGAAAUGACUGGUGAUGGCAGUGAUGACGAUGACGACGAUGGACUUUUAUGGUUGGUGGAAAUGGGAGUUGAAGACAAAAUUAAAAAACCAGACACAAUUUCUGCCAAAUUCUGCAAAGAAAAAAAUGAGAUGAAAUUGGAUCACCGGCCUGAAUCUGUAGUGUUAGUAAAAGGGACAAAUACAUUCACUUUGCUGAACUUCUUGAUCAAUUGUAAAAGUUUAGUGGCUUCUGCAGGGCCUCAGGCUGGCAUCCCUCCAACACUGCUGUCUCCAGUUGCUUUUAGAGGCGCAACAAUGCAGACACUCAAGGCCCGAAGUAUAAAUGUGAGAACACAAGCCCGUUCACAUUAUAAAAAUCUAUUUAGCUUGGAGAUUGUGGGCCCCAUCAUGCCCCAUUGUCUCCAUUCUUUGUCCAUGCUAUUGAAAUCUGCUCAAAAUGGAACUUUCUCUGCUGUAUGUUAUACUCAUGAACCAACAGCUGUGUUCAACACAGGUAUCAGCGACAAACAGCAUAUGACGGACUCUUAUACCAAAGGACUUUCCAAUUGUGGAUUGCAUCCUAACACUUUAAGUCAGCUUGCUCUUAAUUCAACACUAGGAAAAUCUGCAAUACGGCUCCUAGAAAUGAGUGAUUAUCUCUACACAUGGAAAACCUAAGCAACUGAAUGAUAAUUUAAAAUGGCUUACCAGGAGCAUUUCCACGUGCACAAUGAUCAAUGAUUUUAUUCAUUAAUAGACUGUAUAUAAUCCUUAUAUAACUGCUUUGUUAUUUUUCUUAAACUUGUAACAUCUGAAGUACACAUUUUAAAUUAAACUUUAAGAAUUUGACAUUUAUAAUUGUGUGGAUCUAAGGAAAACAAUGUCAAUAUGUAAAACAUUAGUAUGCCUGUUUCCAAGUUGCCAUGAGAAGGGGGAGGGGGGGAGGGAAGACCUGAAGGAGCAUAGGCAAAUAAAAUCAGAAGCACAUUCCAAGCUUCUCUCACAAAGAUUGUAACUUAGGCCACCGGGUAUUCUGCCAGCAAAAAUCCUUUAUUGGAGAAAGUGAUGACACCCAGCCCAUGAACUAUUUCGUUGGAGAAGCUGAAUUAUGACACACCCAGGGGGGUGGGGGGGAAGACAGGGUCAUAGGAGAUUGUAAAUUACGUGUCUCAGAUCAUGUCAGCAUGUCACUCUUAAUAAAUCUUUUGAAGUUGAGGCUUAUGAUUUAAUUAGGGUGAUCAGAAAAAUAGCUGGGUGAGGAAAAAAUGUUGCAAUACUCCCAAGGCUUUUUCCUUUA